UCACUUAUCUAGUUUUCUUGUAUCAACGAGGAAACGUAUUGGGAUGGACCAUGUCAUGUAUCAAGCUGCUGUCCCUGAGUGGGUUAAUGGCCAUCUGAGGAAGAUAAGGCUGAGUACAGAGAUGAUAACGAGACCUUACAAAAGAUGGGCACUGUGGUCAGGCUGCCACCCAUUGUGGAGCCACGGAAGACGAGGAAAGCAGUGGAAGACAAGUGUAAAUGUUCUCAUCCUGGAUCUGAGGCCUGUGCAGGAGUUCAUGUAAAGGAGGCCUGGAAGAGGAUCAAGUAUCAAUUGGGUGAUCAUGCUUUCAGAAACUGUGGGUUUGAUGCAAUGGGUGAGCGAGUUCUGAAGUUAUGGACUGCAGAAGACAAGAAGAAACUUGCUGAUAUUGAGAAGUCAGUUCCUCAGAACAAUCACGAGGACUUCAUGAGGAUUGCCUUGAAGCAGUUUAAGUUGGAGAGAACAAUGGAUUUGGCCAAGUAUUACUACAACAUUUUUCUUCCAAAUAGAUUGGCCAGCCUGAACAGGGCAGAGGCUACAAACGUCAUAAAUGCAAGUCUAGAUGAGGGCAACGAUCAAGAUGAUGGCAACGAUGUGCAUCACUCUAAAGAGAAGAAUAAGGGCUCUAGAUCUUCUUCCAAAAGGUCCAGAAAGUAGGGGAGUCGAAUUUGAGAUGGGUCGGCUGUCAUUUUGCUGCGGAGAAAUUAGGGAAAAUCUGAAAUAUCUUAAUUGCUUGGACAACUGUUCUUUCCUUUUGCUGUUGGAGUUGGGGUAGUCUUGCAGGUUACACAUGCGACUAUAUGCAGUUGGACUGUUGGAGUAGAAAAAUCUUUCACUUUUGCAGCGUUUGGAAGUGAAUGAUUCUUAGAUCUUAGGUAGCAACCAAAAUCAGCUAGCAGUGAGUAAACACUGGAGUAAACAUAUGUUGAUGAGUUAGUCUACCAUGUUUGUGUCCUCUGGAGUAAACAUGUACAUGCGUUGCUCCAUUUUGUACUGAGAUACACGACACCAGACCGAGAGAGAAAAACUGGAAUAGAGAUGCAGAGCUUACCAGAUAUGUUGGUCACCGUUCUUGAA